GCAGUUGACUCUCGCGCACAGAAGCGUUCGGAAGUGAAAUAUAUUUUAUUAAUAAUAUUAGCAGUCGAGCUGUGCCAGCUUUUUGUGCUUUAUAAACUUUGACUCGUACAAGCGCCGUCGCCGUCUGUUAGCAGCAGCAGCAGCAGCACGCAAAUUAACAAAAGUGAACGAAUUUACGAAAAGGCCAACCAAACCAACUGUAAUUAAUUUUCGUUGCUGCGGGUGCAAAUAUAUACAUUUGCGAUUUGCGGUACACAAGAAAAAAGGUGUUUGCCUUAAAGUGCGCCAUAAACUAAAAGGCAACGGCAGCAGCAGCAGCAGCAGCAGAGCAGCAGAGCAGCAGCAGCUGGAGAGACGGCCCACCCAAAACGCCUACAACAACAACAAAAAAAACUAGCAAACGGAGAAAUCACAACGCCAACAGCCAACAGCCAACGGGCAGCGAGCGUGUGACAGUUGACAAAACUAAAAUAAAAUAAGAGAAAAAAAGAAAAGACCGCAGCGUUGCCACAUUUCAGCAGCAGCAGCAGCCAUACAGAAAAAAGCGCCGUGUGUGUAUUUGUUAUCUGCCAGCUAGCAAUAGAGAUAGCGAUUACGCUGUGAGUACCGUUAACAACGUCAGGCAUUGCGCUCAUUGCACAGAGCAAAGCUCAACAACAGCCACCCCACUCGGCAACUGAGUGCAAGAGAUCGAGCACACACACUGACAUCCAGAGAAAGAGAGCGAGAGAGAGCGUGCGUGUGUGUGUGAGCGAAGAGAGCGUGUCGUCGGGAGCAGCAGCAGCAGCAGCAACACCGACGCCAACUCAACGAAAAACUUCACCCACUGAUUGUGCGAGUAGUGAGCGCGCGCGCGUCUGUCGCACGUAGGCAAAAAAAAGAAGAAAAAAGAAGUCAAGUAAAAAAAGAGGGAAAAUAUUAUCGUCUGUCAAAAUGUUUGCUGUAAUGCGAAUCGACAACGAUGACUGCCGGUCGGAUUUCCGUCGCAAGAUGCGUCCAAAGUGUGAGUUCAUUUGCAAGUAUUGCCAGCGGCGUUUCACCAAGCCAUACAAUCUGAUGAUACACGAGCGCACGCACAAAUCCCCAGAGAUAACAUAUUCCUGUGAGGUCUGCGGCAAAUAUUUCAAGCAACGUGAUAAUCUGCGCCAGCACAGAUGUAGUCAGUGUGUUUGGCGAUAAGCUAAAAUAUCAUAAAUACAAUAUAUACGAAAAAAAAACAAAAACAAAAACAAAAUAGCAACACACAGCAAUAUAAAAUAUAUAAAAAAAAAACAAGAAAAAAAGAACACACCAUCAGAUAUCUAAGCACCGCAGCACCAACAGCAAAAACAACAACCGCACGCAAUAUCACAAAUAUUUUAUAUUAAAGCAAUGGAAAAUGGGCAAAUGUCAUAUUGAUAGAGUUAUCGAUAUUUGUUGGUUAUCGGUAAUCGAUCGCAGCAGCAAGCACAGCACAGCACAGCAUAAUUGCACCACCACCACCACCACGCCCACCGCCCACCCUCAUGCACCACACACACACACAAGCUUACUUCUUGAUGCAAUCGCCAGCAGCAGCAGCAUCAGCAGCAACAGCAGCUGCUGCAACAACAGCUGCAACAAGUGCAACUGCAACGAUAAACAUCGGAAUGCAAUCGGGUGUUGGUAUUCGAUAAUUCGCUUAUGUUUAUUACACGGUUUGGUUGUUUUUUUUUUGUUUUUUGUUCUCUUCUCUCUCAAAAUAUUAAUUAAUGGUUUUUCGAAAACGUGCACUUGCCACGCCCACCACAUGUUGCGCAGGCGCAGCAGCAGCAGCAACAACAACAACAGCAACAACAACAAUCAGAAUUCAAAAUAAUCUUUGCAGAAAUUUACACAUGAACACCUGUGGGCGUGCCUACAGCAAAUAAAACAGCAACCAGCAGCAUGGCACAUGCAACAUGCAACAUGCAACAUGCCUCAGCAACAUUGAAAAGUUAGCUUUGUUUAUGGAAAGCACAAUUAAGCUCAAGCUUCUUGUGCUUUCCUCGGCCAACAACAAAGCAACAACUUUUGCAACAUUACGAGCUUGGCAACACCAAUCAAUCAAUCAAUCAAUAUUCAAUCAACAGCUGCAAUUCUCUUGCCUUAUAACUCGGAACUUGUGCGAUUCUCUCGCUAUCUUAUUAAUAAUACAAUUAAUUACAAUUUAAUAAUAAAACAAAAAUAAAUCCUAAGUAUUUUUAUUUUAAAAUCACAACAACAACAAAAAAAAACAAA